AGAGCGUGUCAGCGAAGCCGAAUCAAAACAAGCCCGAGACCCGCCUUUUCCCUCCGGCUCUGGAGCGUCUCGCUCGCGCUCCGAGCCCGCGGCGCCCGCGCGGCUGCGAGCCUCGAGUGGCUGCGUCCCGGCUCCAGGAAGCCGGGGAGGGCGCGGCGGCCGGGAUGGCGCGGCGCGGGCCGCGCGACUGGACGGGAGCCUGAGGAGCCGCCGGCCCGCGCCCUCGGUCCUCGGCCUCCCGGCACCGCGGGGAGCCGCCUUCGCCGCUGCGGGGCACCUGGACGCUCGCGAGAUGCCCAACCCCAAAAACAGUAAAGGCGGCCGCAAAAACAAGCGCGCCAACAGCAGCGGGGACGAGCAGGAAAAUGGAGCCGGGGCCCUGGCAGCGGCGGGCGCGGCGGCCGGGGGGGCCCUGGCGGCAGCGGCCGGCUGCGGAGCGGCCGCUGCUGGCGCGCCGGGCACCGUGGGCGCCGCGGGCGCGGGAGGCGCGGGGCCGGGCGCCGCCAACGCCGCAGCCGCCGCGGGGGCUGCAGCCGCCGGAGAAGCCAAGAACGAAGCCCCUUGUGCCACGCCCCUGAUCUGCAGCUUUGGGAGGCCGGUUGACCUGGAGAAGGACGACUACCAGAAGGUGGUGUGCAACAACGAGCAUUGUCCCUACAGCACCUGGAUGCACCUGCAGUGUUUCUAUGAGUGGGAGAGCAGUAUCCUGGUGCAGUUCAACUGCAUUGGCCGGGCCCGCAGCUGGAAUGAGAAGCAGUGCCGCCAGAACAUGUGGACUAAGAAGGGCUAUGACCUGGCCUUCCGCUUCUGCUCCUGCCGCUGCGGCCAGGGCCACUUGAAGAAGGACACGGACUGGUACCAGGUGAAGCGGAUGCAGGAUGAGAAAAAGAAGAAGUCGGGCUCAGAGAAGAACACGGGGAGGCCCCCUGGCGAGCCAGUGGAGGAGGCCAAAAAGUGCCGGCCACCCGCCAAACCUCAGAAGGGCUUGGCCCACGACCUCCCGCGCCGGCACUCCAUGGACCGGCAGAACUCGCAGGAGAAGGGCGGCGGGGCGGCCUACGGGGCGCGCUCCCCCUGUGGCUCCCCGGGCCAGUCCCCACCCACCGGCUACUCCAUCCUCUCCCCUGCGCACUUCAGCGGCCCCCGAUCGUCCAGGUACCUUGGGGAGUUCCUGAAGAACGCCAUCCACCUGGAGCCUCACAAAAAGGCCCUGGCGGGCGGCCACGUGUUCAGAAACGCGCACUUUGAUUACAGUCCAGCAGGGUUGUCAGUGCACAGGGGGGGCCACUUCGACGCCCCCGUGCAGUUCCUGCGGCGCCUGGACCUGUCCGAGCUCCUCACUCACAUCCCCCGCCAUAAGCUGAACACUUUCCACGUGCGGAUGGAGGACGAUGCCCAGAUGGGCCAGGGCGAGGAUCUGCGGAAGUUCAUCCUCGCAGCCCUCAGCGCCAGCCACAGAAACAUGGUGAACUGUGCCCUGUGCCACCGGGCGCUCCCGGUGUUCGAGCAGUUCCCGCUGGUGGAUGGAACUCUGUUCUUAAGCCCCUCGAGACACGAUGAGAUCGAAUACGAUGUUCCCUGUCACCUUCAAGGGAGGCUCAUGCACCUGUAUGCGGUGUGUGUGGACUGCCUGGAAGGGGUUCACAAGAUCAUCUGCAUCAAGUGUAAGUCACGGUGGGACGGCAGCUGGCACCAGCUGGGCACCAUGUACACCUAUGACAUCCUGGCCGCCUCUCCAUGCUGUCAGGCCCGCCUGAACUGCAAGCACUGCGGGAAGCCGGUGAUCGACGUGCGGAUCGGGAUGCAGUACUUCUCCGAGUACAGCAACGUCCAGCAGUGUCCACACUGUGGCAACCUGGACUACCAUUUCGUGAAGCCAUUUUCCUCCUUCAAAGUUCUCGAAGCUUAUUGAUGAAAGCUUUGCUUUAGUAAUAGCUAUUUUAUUGAUAUUAUUACUUUAUUACAUAUCUUUUCUAGGGAAGCCUUCUGUGACAUUAAUUUCUUUUCUAAUUUAAAGGAGAGUUCCUUUGUGUGUGUGUGCCACCAAAAGGGGGCUGCCCCUUGCCCCCCCUUGACUCCCAAGUGUUAGUCUGUGGUCAUGACCAGAGCCCAGCUGGGUGCUCCUUGAGCUUGGGGGAGCGGUUCACUAUCACUAAGAGUCUCUCAGGCAGCUUUUAAAGUGGUGGGGAGGAUGGGGCGAAUUUAGGAAAGGGAUUAUGUGGUCAUAAACUGAGAGCACUGUAGGAGUUGGGAAGAAACUCUUACUAAAAUGUUAACUAUCUAAAGACCCACUUUUAGAUCUUCUCUGGGCCUUGGGAGAAACAUGUGACAAGUGAAUGUAUGUCUGUGCCUGGAGAGCUGAUGGUAUAAUAGUUUACCUUGGCUUAGCGUUCGUUCGGCAGCGCACACUGACCUGCAGUUUCCCUUCACUGACAGAUUACUGCAAAGUGGACAUGAGCCCUGAUUCUCUCCCUGUUGUAUUUUAGCAGCCAGUUUUCAUACUGAAAAUAAUAUCCAAAUUAUAAGACAUGUGAAGGCUGUUGGUAUUGUGCAUAUUUUUAGGUAAGCUGACCUUUAACAAAAAGAAUCUGCUAAAUGAAUUUGGAAAUGAUGAAUACCAACUCAAGAGGGCAGAAAGGCAGAAUCCUGUCAUUUGAAUUGUGAAUUUGAAGUUGGUCAAACAGGCUCUUAAGGGAAAUCCAUGAAUGACAUGAUUUGGGUGGUACUGGUUUUUAUAUAUAGGUCAUGCUGUCUAAGUGCCAUUUGAUGCCAGAUCCUUCUCACAGAUAAAUCUCACAGCUACAGACCCUGGCUGGUAAGUUUCAGAACCAAUCGUUGUCACACUUAAUCUUCCCCCCAAAUUGCUUAUGGCUGCUUUUUACCCAUUUAAUGCUGAGUUUCCAAAAUCAAAGAUUUGACCCUAAGAAGGAAACAAAAAAAAUAUUUUUGAGGCUAUGAGGAAAAUAAUAAUUUUGAUGUUUCUUUUUAAAGUCUUUUUCUUAUUUUGAAAAAUCAUUGAUUAUAAUGUGUAACAGUAUGUUUGAAAAUAGAUUAUUCUGAAGAUCUCCAUGAUACCUUUCCACUGGUUUUUGAAAAAGGUGAUAAUUUAUAGAACUUGAUUAAUUACAACAUUGAGCUUUCCAAAGUACAGCCUCUGUUCAUUAGUUCAUUUUAGACGGACACCCCCAUACCUUACAGAUCUGAAAUUGAAAUAUGAUUUCUCAAAAAUGAAUUUGAUAAUUUCAAGUGUGACAUGCAUAUAUGCUAAAAGAAUGCUAAAAAUAUUAUCCUUUUAUGGGAAGCUAAAUUUGGGAGUAUGUGAGCAUUUUAAUGUACACCAUUUUUUUCCCCUCAGAAAACAGUUGUUUUUUUCCUCUCAGAAAUGUGUAGGCAUUAUUGCAAGUGAGUUUCAGUUCUGCUACGUGGAGUAUUUGAUGUUUUAUUUGAAAGAAUACAGCACUAAAGAACUGAUAGAUUGACCAAUUAUUCAUCUUUUAGUUUGGAUGAUUAUAAUUCAGCUGACCACAUCUAGUUUGAUGUUUGAUGAUCUGAAAAAUAUUUCACAGUGGUGAGAAAUGCUCAAAGGCUGUACGACGCAGAAAAUUGUUAUUGGUCUGACAGUACUUGAUGCAACAAGAAGGGGCCUAUAGUACGUAGCCCUUGAAAAUCUGUCUUUAAUACGCAAAGCUGUAACUGAAUUAGCUGUUUCCCUAUUGAUUCUCUUUUGUAUCCAGGUAUAAAAAUUGGUGAAUUUCUCUUCAGAGUACCAUUGGAUUUUAUUUCUGAGUUUAAAAUGAAUAGUAAAAUAUUUGUAAUGCUGUUCUUAAACCCACCUAAAUUUCUAAAGAGAAACCUGCUUAUAUUGUUGCUCUGAAGCUUCACAUUUACGUCCAGAUCACAUUCUGCAAGCUCCUCAGCCUAAAACUGCUGCAAGUGUAGUGUCUGAUGCAUUCAGUAUUUUCUUCUUAUGUCAUUUUCUACUGAGAAAUAAGUAUGAUGCGAUUUCAGUGUAAUUGAGAAAAAAAAUUUGCUUUUGGCUUUUAUUUUGAGGAUUAAGUUAGGAAUCUAUGGAUGCUGAGGUUAUAUAAAAGGAGAAGCAUAGGUAUCCUAUCUGAGACUAUCUGUUGCUGUUAAGGUAUCUCAUUCUUGUCUAAAAUGGGAAAUUUGGCUGAUUUGAGAAUAAAAUAUAGUUGAGUAUACAACCAUGUGAAGAAUAAAUCUUAUUUUGGAAUCUGCUGGCCUUAAUGUUUCUCUACACUUUCUCAAAGUACUUUGCUCUGAGUACCUGGAUGGGAAUUGGAAUAUAUCAAAAAAGAUGAUUAGUUUUGUUGUGGGUUAGAUAUUAAAGGAUAUUUUGUUGUCCCAAAGAUACAUUUUCUGGUUCUGUGAUAGUGCUCAAAAACAUGAACCCACUCACGAUGACUAAUAAGUAAUUUUUAUCUACUUUAACUUGUUUUAUCAUUUAUUUUUAAGAGUUAUGCCUUGAACAAAUAAAUCACCUGCUUUAGUUUAUUGGGAAGACUUUUUCUGAUCAUCUCAUCAUCUUGUCUUCAGGUCAACUCAGUUCUUCACUCUCUUCUGGUUGCAGCUGAAGCAGUUGAUAUACUGGAUUUACACCUUAAAAGAUAGGACAUUGGCUGUGAAGUUAGGGAAUGGGGGGAAUUAAUCCUAUAAAGAACUUUCCCAGACAGUCUUUAAUUUCUAAUUUUUUGUAGAAGAAGCUCAUUCAUUUUCAGACGUAUUUUCAUACAUUUUUUGGGGGGGAGGAAUUAACUCAUCAGAAAAUAAUAUCAUUAAGUUUUUUAAUCUUAAAAGCUAACAGAUAAACUGACACAUAACUUAUUGGAUCACCCAAACUAAUUUGCAGAAAUCUUUUGUUUUGUCCUGUAAGACCAAUGCUUAACAUGCAGUCUCUCCUCCUGUGCCCAGAUCAGUAACUCCACUUUGCUUUUCUCUUUAGUCUCCUGAUAGCAGCUAUUGGGUAAUUUCAUUUGGAGGUUGGGGAGGAGGUGAGGAGAAAAUGCUCUUGUUCAGUGGUUUGGUUCCUAUAAAAGGAUGCUGCCUAACCCAGCUCAUCUCUAUGUCCUGUUGACUUUAUUAUUAUUCCAGGUAAUUGAAAGAAAAUAUAAUGGAUGGGCAUCAUUAACACCAGCUCAAAAGUAUAUUCUUGUCUGUAAAGAUUUCUUGUCAAAAUGUCUUGGAUUGCACUUUUGUUGAGGGAAGACUGUGUAAAUAGUUAAAGAAUGUUGAUAAAAUUGAAACAUUUGGUUAUGGAAUUGUGUGGUGUUAGAAGGUUUCUGUUUGUGAAAAUGUAUGUAUUAAAAAUAAUAAAAUUUCAGAAACUAAC